AUGGAAAAAAUAGAUCAUUUUCCUAUAGGAGCUAGUACACAUAAGAAGCUUAGGUUAUUUGGUUUCGAUUUCGAUUUCCAUGGAGAUGAUGCCACUAAUCCAAGUGGUAAUGAUCGUAGCGACGAGCAAAUGCAAGUGAAGCGUAAGUGUCCAUUUUGUGACAAAGAGUUCACGAAUUCUCAAGCAUUGGGAGGUCACCAAAAUGCUCACAAAAAAGAGAGGUUGAUGAAGAGAAGAUCACAAUUUGAGGAGAAAAAAGCAAGUAUUGAGUUCUAUCUUCGGUCUCUAGAUCAUCCAUUUACGAACUCUUUGGUGUAUGAUUCCAUGAAUGAGCCCCAACUUUUGUUCAACUCUACUAAGCCUUACCAUAAACAUGGUUGUGAUGGGCUUGAUUUAAGCCCCUUGCAAAUUUAUGUCCCAUAUUAA